GAUGAGGUACCUGCUGAUUCUCUAUUUGAUAGGCGAGUUUAAUCAUCGCCACAAUCCAUCCGGAAAGCCUCUGAGAGGAAACCAGGAGGCCCCUGGCAUCCGACCUAUACUUAAGAAAGAGUCUGGGAGACUUUCUGAAAUCCUUUGUCCAAUCAACAUAGAAUGCUAGAACUCUCCGAACAUCCAAGAGAUGAAGGGAAUGUUCCAACUGAGUUGUUGGAUUCUGGAAAAAAGAUGGUAGCACUAUAUCCUCUGUAAAGUGGAAUGCUGUAGCUAGUUUUGGUAAAAAAGCAAUGUCCGUACGUAGUACUACUUUGUCCUUAUGAAACCACAGGUAAGGAGAGUCAGCCGGGAGGGCACACAGCUCACUCGCUUGCCUAGCUGUUGUGAUGGCAAUGAGGAAUGCAGUUUUCCAGGAAAGAUGUGACAGAUCUGCUUUUGCUAGCGGCUCGAAAGGCAGUUUUGUAAGUGCCGACAGUACUAGUUGUAGAUCCCAUGCUGGAAUGGGGUGCGUAACUGGAGGCUGGAUAUUUCUGUAUCCUCUGAGAAACAGAUGUAUUUGCGGGUCCUGAAAACAGGAGGGUAACCCUGCCAUCCUGUGAUAGGCAGAAAUGGCUGCUAGGUAACAUUUCAUAGAGGCCAACGCAAGUCCCGAAGAUGCCAGGGAUGCUAAGAAGUCUAAGAUGAUGGACGUUGGAGCUCCCAAUGGUAUCGUACCAUGCUGCGUGGCAAAUUUCUCAAACUUGUCCCAUUUAUACUAAUAUGAUUUCAUGGUCGAUGGCCUAUGGGAAGCAUCCAAAAUGGUUGUUACUGCUCAAGAGAGAGGCUGGGACAGAUGUGCCAUGCUGUGAGGUGCAGGCAGUGGAUAUCGGAGUAUCGGAGGGAGCCCUGGUGGGCUGUGAGGAGAUCUGGGCGCUGAGGCAGAAUGUAAUACUCCGCCAUUGCAGAAGGGAGAACCACGGCUGCCUGGGCCACCAUGGUGUCAGCAUGAUACAGUUGGUGUUGUCUUGAUAGACCUUGGCCACCACCUUGAGGAGCAGAGGAAUCGGUGGGAAGAUGUACAGGAGUUGUCCUGUCCAUUUGAACAGGAAUGCAUCUCCUAGACAUCCAAUGCUGUGAUCUGACACCUGGCAAGCACAGUAACAUGACACUUUGUGUUUGUUAGCACUGCAAACAGGUCGAUCGUGGAUUCGCCCAACCUGAGGAAAAGCAUCUGUGCUUCUGCUGGGCAUAACAACCAUUCGUGAUUCUCCAAGCCCUGCCUGCUCAGAGAGUCCGCUAUUACAUUGUCUUGUCCUGGCACAUGCACUGCCACAAGAUGGGUGUGGUUCUGUAUACACCACUCCCAUAUCGUGAUUGUAAGCUUGAGGAGGGAAAGGGACCUUGUGCCCCCUUGUUUGUUUAUAUACCACAUCACUGUGGUGUUGUCGGUUUGUAGCUAUACAUCCAUAUGGGGAGGCAUCCGUUGUCAUUGAGACAGUUGGGUCUUGUUGCAGACAUUCUUGCAAGACAUCCACCAAGACAGUGACUGGUGCACAUGUGGCGGUAGAACAAGAUGAAUGUGCAGGUCAUCGAGAUGGGAUUGAAGGCACGGAGAAACCACGCCUGCAGAGGACGCAUUCUGAGGCAUGCAAACGGCGUAAUUGAUGUUGUGGACACCAUGUGCCCCAGCAGAGAUUGUAUAUCCUUGGCUCGUGGCAAUGGGCCGUGAAGGAGGCGCAGCAGUGCCAAUCACAAGGCCCGAAAAAGUCCUCUGGAAGAUAUGCCAGACACCGGAUGGAGUCGAUGUGUGCACUGAUGAAUUGUGUCACCUGUGUCAGCUUGAGGUGCGUCUUGUGGUAGUUUACUACUAGGCCAAGCUCCUUUAAAAGAGGCAUAGUGAAAGUGAGAUCCUGUUGAAGAGCGUAACGGGAGGGUGCCACCACCAACCAAACAUCUAUGUAGGGGUACACUGUGACCCACCACCGCCGUACAUUUAGUGAAAACCCUAGAUGCUGUGGAUAUCCCGAAGGGAAGGACACAAAAGCAAAAAGCGUGUUGUGCUACCAUAAAAGCAAGGUAUGAGUGGUGGCAAGAUGUAAUUGUAAUGUGAAAGUAGGCAUCUUUUAAAUCUAUGGUAGUGAACCACGCCCCUUUUGGUAAUAACAGAAGGAUGGUUGCAAGCAUCACCAUCCGAAACUUUUUUGGCCGAAUAUAUUGGUUCAGGCCUCUUAAAUCAAGAACUGGCCUCUGGCCGCCAUCUUUUUUUGGAACCAAAAAAUAUCUGGAGAAAAAAGAUCGAGAAAAUAAAGAUGGCUGAAGAGGGACUAUUGCUCCCUUUUCCAACAAAGUUUUGAUUUCCUCCAUGAGGACAUCCAAUGGUGGCAUGGACAGAAAGCAGACUGUCCUCGGCUGCUGAAAGAAUUCAAUGGUAUAGCCAUUACGAAUUAUGUCCAAUAUCCACUUAUCUGUGGUAAUAGCUUGUCAUGCGGAUGCAUAAUCUGCAAGGCGCAUUCCAAAAACAAUGCUUUUUGUGAGCGUAGUUCGCAGUGCGUGGUGUGGUGAGGGGACUUAAACCCUAGGAUGACAAGUGAGAGAAGGGGGAGAACGUGUCACAGGAGAGUGGACGCUAAAAACAUCGCUUCAUCUUAGGUUGGGACUUCCCCUUACCCUGCUGUCGCUGCAGUGCUGGUGCGGCCUGCCUAGAGAGUAUUGUGGAUGAUGCCUGUGGAAGUGAUCUGGACUCGGCGUCAUAUGGCUUCCAAUUGUAGGAUGUUGAAGAAGUGCUAGACCUCCCCUUAAACCGGUAGGCUUGACACUGGAAGCCAUACUUUUGGGCUGCUUGAUGUGCUUCCUGACUAGUCUUGGGCUGCGUGUCUGUGUCUGGAUUGAAUAAUCCUGCAUCGUGAAUCGGCAUAUUCUCCACCAGGGCCCUUCUUUCCUCUGACAGAGUGGAUGCAUGAAGCCAUGCAUGCCGACGAACUGUGGUGGCUGCGGCAAAAAUUUUCCCUGCCCCUUCAGUGGUAUCUGUUGCCAAAUCCUUCUGAGCCUUAGCCAAGGCCAAGCCUUCUUGUUGAAAAGCCUUCACCAUGGGCUGUUUGUCCUUUGGCAGGGCAUUGAGGUAAGGGCCAAUCUUCUUCCACAAAAGGUUUUGGUAAGUUGCCAUAUAUGCCCCAUAGUGGUCUAUGCGUGUCAUAAGUCCUGCACCUAAGUGGACCUUUUUCCCUACUGACUCAAGCUUUCUGCUUUCCUUGUCAGUAGGUGUUGUAUUUGUUCUAAAAGAAUGUUUACUGUGGCACAUGUCAGCAACUACCGUGUUUGGCUACAGUAGUUUAGAAACCCAUGAUGCAGUUGAAAGGUCAACCUUGUACAGGUUAUCAUUCCUGCGGGGAAUUGCACCAACUGUUGCAGGGGCCACAUCUGGAGUUCGAGCCACUUGCAGGAGGUAUGGUACUGCUGGUACUGCCAUAGCAGGGGAAUCUCACUGGCAUUGCUCUUCAGACGGGUAUAGGUGAUCCUCAACUGGUUUAUAUGCAGUUGACUGUGGUAAAUUAAGAGCAUGCAAAAGGUGUAUCAUCAAAGGUAAAAAGCUUGCCAUAUCUCCUGAGACUGAGGUCUCUGGGCCUGCCCCAGCCUCCUGGUCCCCUGCCGAAUGGUGUGAGGAAUCAGACUCAGGCCCCGAAUAUGACUGCAACUCCUGUUGCUCAGACUGGUAUGCUGGAUCAGUAUUUGGCAUCUGUGCAGGCUGGGGCCUGAUGUCUCCCUGAAGAGACAGUACAGGUGGCUGGGGCUCCAAAGCCGUUAUUGGUCCCAAAAAAUAUGCUCUUCCACCUGGAGAAUAUAUUGAGCAUGAGUGCUCCCAACAUGCAAGGAUGGGGCAGAUGGGUGCCACUGAGCCAGUGUUCCCUCCAUCCUCUGCCUCGGUGGAGGCAAUGGAAAAUACCUCUGUCCCUCACAAGAGGGAGUGCAGGGUAGGCCUUGGGCCCGAGGACUCUUUCUCAUAUGGGAAGAGAGCAAAAAGGGAGAUACCUUCGGCCGCUGCAAGCCUCCGUGGUCUGUAUGCUGCCUGCCAUCUGAGCUGAAGGGCUGCAGAUGGAGUGCUGCCGGGGGGGCAGGCUGACUCCGCUUUGGGGAGCAAGGCCACGCCUAUGCCUGGAGAUGGUGUUGGAGGUGUGACGUGAGCGCACGCAUUGACCCCAUGCUGAUGCUGGGAGGGCAUGGGAGGAACAACAGCCCUCAGGCCGUCGGCGUGCCAAGCGUUGCUGGCGUUCCGGAAGCAGCAGAGGAAUCUACACACUUCUUUUACUUCUUCUUCGGCUUCCCCAUAGCCUCAGAAUGCAGGGAAGCCACUGGGGAGCAUGGUCUCUUCUCCGGCUUCCCAAGCCCUGGGGAAGCAGCUGGGAGAGGCAGGGCCGCCUGGCUGCUCUGCUGAGGUGUUGGGAGGGGCCGAGGCUGCUCCACUCAUAGGAGGCAAAGAAGCAGCAGCACACCAGACAUGACUUCCAUAAAGGAACAGGCAGCUGUCAGCAGAUUAAUAAGUUUCCUACAAGAAUGGGAUGGUACUGGCAAAGUCACUCGAAGCCACAUUCUGGAAAAUUUCAUUCUAGCAAACAAAGGCAAAACAGGUCCAGAAUUGGAGAUGGAAUUUUCUCAGGGAGCCAGUUUGUUUCUGGCCCGCAUUACUGCCUGGCUCCGGCUUACUUAUAUGUAUGGAACAUGCCUAGAUCAACAAUUGAAGUCCAUUGGCAUCUUUCUAUCAGCUGCAAAUGGUCAACGGUACAUUAUUGAAUUCUUAGAAAUCGGUGGUGUCCUCACACUGCUGGAAAUUCUUGGCCUCAAGCAACUAAAAGAGGAGGCAAAAAAGGAAUCAAUAAAGCUUCUUCAGAUAAUAGCAAGUUCUGGCAGGAAGUUCAAAGAGAUUAUUUGUGAAAGCUAUGGUGUGCGAUCAAUUGCUGAGUUUUUGGCCACUUCCAAGUCGGAAGAGACUCAAGAGCAAGUGCAGAUUCUUCUGGAUACUUUAGGUCAUGGCAAUCCCAAAUACCAAAUGCAGGUGUACAAAGGGCUGAUCGCUCUUCUAAAGUGCACUUCCCCCAAAGCCCAGCAGCUCUCUCUGCAAACACUCAGGACAAUUCAGACAAUUGUAGGGAAAGCCCACCCGAGUAUUGUAGGUUCUGUGCUGGGAGUGCUUCACUCACUACAUUUGGAGGUACAGUAUGAAGCAAUUCAGUUGAUCAAGGACCUCAUGGCUUAUGAUGUGCAGCCAGCAAUUUUACAAGGACUAGUAGCACUGUUAAAGCCAUCGAGACAGGAGACUGCCCGAAUGCAAGCCAAAAUCUUGGAAGAAGCAGGCACAUUACACCUGAUGGAGUCCUUGCCAGUAUAUAUUCAGCAAGCAGCUGCAGCAAAAGCUAUUGGUAUUCAACUCUACAGAAUUUUGGCCCAAGACUCAAGAGAACUGGCAGAGGAGCUGCUCUUCUUGAAUGUGGUGCAUGGCCUUAUGUGCGCCAUGGGCAACAAGGAUCACACCAACUCCCAGAGACAAGCCAGCAUUACACUAGAGUUCUUUGUACAGAAUUUCAUAGUGGUUGAGAAUUAUGUAAAGGAGGCCAUGGGAGAAAAAUUGUUCCAGCUCUUUAUGCAAGAUGCUACAAACUUAUACUUGAACAUGGAUGCUGUGCAAGCCGAUAUCCUGGCCUCUAAUAUAGUUAACAUUCCAGCUGAUUUUUUGGCUAGAGCAAAAAUGGACUGGCCAGAAAGAGAAUCAAGCCCCGAAGAGGAAAUGCAGCCUGAAGAUAACUAUACAUCUCCUAAACCUGCUACAUCGUAACUGUCCCUUGUUCCGGUGCUAGUGUUAGGUGCUAGUGUCCAUUUUCAUCAUCUUAUUCCUCCAUGAAUCCCUUUCAUUUAGAUUAUUAGUGCCUUGCUGGAUCCUUUCAUUUAUUCUUUUAAAAACGUGUGAAUGUCUAUGUGAUUGCAAUACAAUUUAAGUUCUAAAUGCUUUUAAACAGAUUAAUGAUAAUCCCUCGUGCCAUUCCCCCACCCUUCUUGGCUCUAAUAUGCAUCUAAAAUAGUUUACACCAAAUGGCACAUGCAGUACAGUUGGGUCAGUGUUCCCAGAACCACAGCUCCAACCUAUGUCACAGGUUUGUAAAGGUAAACAGGACGUCAUCACUUGUACUGUAUGAGUUCCUAGAAGAUAGGAUGCAAUAAAAAUAACUCACUGUUUUGAGCCUGAAACGAAAGGUCAUGCUUCGCCCCAAAGUAACAUUUCAAUUUUACAUUCAGCUGUUCAGAUAUUUAAACUGAUGCAUACCCAUUCUUCCUCUACUUUCUCCCUCAACCAACAAAUUAUUCCCUGUAGAGUACCCCCCUUAGUAAAUCUUAAAUUGUACAAUUAGAAUGAAGUGACCCAAUUAAUCCACACUUGGCUAAUUCUUACCAUUAUCUAUGCAAAUAAAUGAAGAUGGAUGCACCUAUCUGUAGUUUUUUUUUAAAAAGAUUACAAUGGUCAGAUGUUAUUUUCUUCUAAGCACAUAUAGGAAAGUAUGAAUUUGGGAGACAAGAUUAAAUCUUGCUAAAUUUCA